AUGGGAAUUGAUCUGGGACUUCGGCGAGUUUCUCAACUUUUGGCGUUACUUGGAAAUCCCCAUAAAUCAUGGUAUUCUAUUCACGUUGCUGGUACAAAUGGAAAAGGUUCAGUGUGUGCUUAUCUUACAUCAGUCUUCCAGUCAGCAAGCAUACGAAGUGGCAGAUUCACUAGUCCGCAUUUGAUAAAUCGGUGGGAUUCUAUUACGAUCGACGGACAAUCUGUUUCAGAAAGUGAGUUUUUGAAUGUGGAAGCCGCUGUCAGAAUGACAGACAGUGCCAACAAUAUUGGCGCAACAGAGUUUGAGCUGUUAACAGCAGUAGCCUUUGAAAUUUUUGCGAAACAACAUGUUAGAAUUGCAGUUGUAGAAGUCGGUUUAGGAGGAAGACUUGAUGCAACUAAUAUUCUAGAGCCUUCUAAUGAAGAAUGUUCCCCUACAGUAGUUGCAGGGAAGCAUCGUGGUCAGGACAAAGGUGUGCUUGCUACAGUUAUUACAAAAAUUGGACUUGAUCAUCAGUCUUUUCUUGGAAACACACUGAGUGAGAUUGCAUCAGAAAAGGCUGGUAUUAUCAAGCCAGGUGUUGCAUGCAUUGUAGAUGCUACAAACGCAGAUGAUGUACUUUCUGUUGUAUACCGGGUUGCACAAGAAAACAAAUCUCAAUUAAUAAAUGCAUCAUUUUUACACUCAAAAAAUUGCCACUUUAUUGAUACCAAGCUUUGGGGUCCAUUUAAUACAAAGCUUACACCACUGCUAGGAAACUAUCAAAAAGCUAAUUUGGCGUGUGCACUGAAAACACUUGAAACUUUAAUUGAGUGGUUUCCGCAAGAAUUAAAAGAUCAAAAAAUAAUUGAAGAAGGGAUAAAAAAUACAAUAUGGCCUGGGAGAUUACAGUGGGUAAAUUUAAUGUUUCCUAAUGUGGAUUCACCUGUGAGUGUACUAAUGGACGGUGCACAUAAUCCACAAGCUGCAGAAGAGUUGUCAAAUUUUUUGGAAACCAACAUUCGGCCUUUUCAUAAAAGAAUAAAUUUUGUUAUUGGUUUUACAAAAGGAAAAAACUGUAAAAAUAUCAUAAAAAAGGUUAUUAAAAAAGGAGAUAGUGUGAUUACAACAGAUUUUGACUCGAUUGAUGGAAUGCCAUGGAUUUCAUCUUAUAGUGCAGAAGAUACUGCCAAAAUGGUGUCUGAUUCGGUAGAUUCAGUGUUUGUAAGAGCUUUACCUAGUCAUGGUGAAACUCAACUAGAUGCUGUUACUGAAAGUUAUAUUUAUGGAUCAGCGGAUGAAAAAGAACCAUCCAUUGUUGUUUUUGGUUCACUUUACUUAAUUGGAAAAAUUUUAAUAAAACAUAAAGAACAAAACUAA